CGUCAUUCUAUCAUAGCCAUAAAGGGUAAUUAUGGGUCUGGCUUUACGAGUUCUCUGAAAAUCUCAAAUAUUAUAGCAUGUGGUAAAAGAAAUAUAUUGCUAUAUUAAAUAAAAAUUACAAAUGAUGAAUUUCAAAAAGAAUAAAAUAGUUCGAAAAUUAAAAAAAGACAUUUUUUAGAAACUUAUUUUAUGAUACAAUUAUGGACGAUACAAAUGAAAUAGGUACUUCACUGGGAAGAAAAAGUUGGUCGACAAAAUGUUUCGAAUUUUCCUCCCGUUUGACUAGGAAAAAAACCAAUAUUGGUAAAGCUCUAGACACAAAUCUGAGGCGAUGUCUCAGUACCUUAGACAUAACUCUGAUGGCUGUGGGUCAUAUGGUUGAAGCUGGUGUCUAUGUACUUACAGCAACAGUAGCAAAAAGUAUGGCUGGCCCAGCCAUAGUACUAGCUUUCUUGUUCAGUGGUUUUGCAUCUUUCCUAGCUGCUCUGUGCUACGCUGAACUGGGAGUGAGAUAUCCGAAAUCAGGCUCAGCUUAUUCUUAUACCUAUAUGGCUGUAGGUGAACUGUGGGCAUUUUUAGUAGGAUGGAACAUGGCAUUGGAGCACACUAUAGGUGCAGCAGCAACUGCGAGAGCUGCCAGUGCCUACAUAGACUCCUUAGCAGGAUACCACAUCAAAAAUGGUACAAUGUCUUUUACAGGACCUAUAGAAGCACCUAUGAUUGCAGAUUACUUGGAUUUUUUCGCCGUUUUCAUUCUUUUCAUAUUUGUGAUAUACCUUUCAUUUGGAGUCAAAAUGACUUCCUAUUUAAACAACUUGUUUACCGUUAUCAACAUAGGAGUUAUCAUUUUGAUUAUUGGAGUAGGCGCCUACUUUGCUGAUAUAAAGAAUUGGACCAACCCAGAAACAGGAGGUUUCAUGCCAUACGGAUGGUCUGGCGUUUUCGAAGCAUCCGCUUCUUGCUUUUAUGCUUACAUUGGGUUCGAGGCUAUUGCUGCAUGUAGCGAAGAAGCAAAAGAUCCCAAAAAGUCUAUCCCAAGGGCAACCAUGGCAGCAAUGGGUAUAGCUGCUAUUGGCUAUAUAGGAACAGCUACAGUUCUUACACUUAUGGUAAAUUAUAAGGAUAUUCAAGACGAGUCCGGAAUACCAGAAGCAUUAGGCUCUCACGGGGCAGAAUGGGCAAAAAUAGCAGUUAUUGUCGGAGCAGUUUGUGGCACAUCGACAGGCAUUAUUGGCAGUCUUUUCGCUUUGACUCGCGUAAUCUACGUCAUGGCAGACGAUGGUCUUCUGUUGAACUUUUGUUCGAAAGUCAACAAAAAGACUCAAAUUCCACUGAGGGCUAUGUAUGUAUUCUCUUUCUUAUCCUUCAUUACAACAUUACUACUGGACAUCAAUGCUUUAGUGGAAGUAAUAUCUAUCGGGACACUCUUUGCAUACAUUGUGGUAAGUGCCUCCGUGAUUAUCUUGAGAUACAAGCCUUCUGAUUUGACGGAAAAAGACGUUCUAGAACUCACGCAGAAUGACGAUCCCCUCAAAAGUAAUUCCAUUCCGUUAACUGAUACCGGUGGUGAAUUGAGAGACAAUUUUGAGUGGAUGAAGCGCUUUAUUGAUUGGAGUCCUGGAAAAUUAGUUACCCACUCUGUGGUAUACUACUGUGUAACAACUUUUUUACUAUGUGGUUUUAUACGGAUAUUUUCCAGUUAUUUGGACUGUUGGUGGGCCAUAAUUAUUGUAGUUAUCCUUCUUGUAGGAUUCAUUCUAUCAUUCUUCACUAUCUCAAUUCACAAACAGUCCAUAAGUCCUCUUUGUUAUAAGGUUCCCAUCGUUCCAUUAGUACCAGCAAUGAGCAUUCUUGUAAAUAUUAUAUUAAUUGUGAAUUUGCAACCUGCGACAUGGGUCAGAUUAUUUAUAUGGAUAGCCGUCGGUUUGGUACUUUACUUCUUCUACGGUAUUAAAAACAGCAAGGAAGAGAUGCCACCUUUACCAUCCAGUGUCAGAAAUUAGUGUUUGAAAAAAUAAAUAUGUAAAUACGAAGAUUUUAACUAAGGUCCAGCAAACAGCAUUUUUAAUUGUUUGGCCUAUCCUUGUUGUUAAUAUGAGUAUGCCUCUAUCACCAAUUGUCAUUAUUAUUUUUUUACUAAUUGUCAUAAAUGUAUAUGUAUAGUA